UCUCUCCACACAGAUAACCAUCAACCCAGCACUACUGGCAAUCCAGAAUCGGAAUUGGAAGAUGGCCUGUCGCAAGAGACGGUUCCAAUGUGAUGGUGGCAAAUGCAUCAACCUCAGAUGGGUUUGUGACGGGGAGUAUGACUGUGACGACAGGAGUGACGAAGACAUCAAGUACUGCGAGAUGACUAACGUAGAUGCCACUCAGCAACCAGAUUAUUUUGAUCUCAUGACAACGACUGGAAGUGAAAACCUCCCUCAAGCACUUAAACCCAUGCUGACUCACGACAGUACACCCAUCCUGGUGGGCUCAGUGAGUUUGGCUGCCGUGGUGUUCAGCGCCCUGCUCCUCAUGCUCUACAGAUGGAGAAGGACAAAAAACACCUCAGAUGACUCAGGUCUUACACACAUCUCUCAACAACCUGCAACUGAUAUGGUUAUGAAUGACUAUGAGAACGAGCCUGCAGGAAAUGGUUUCCCUCUGACAGGAAGUGCAGAAGGUCAGAUGACAUCUGAGUACGAGAUCAUGGACCCGGUCACCAACCAGAAUCAAGAACAAGUCUACUACGAGACCAUACACUAUGCAGUCUACCAGCAGCUAGCCCUGCCAGCCGACCAAUCAGAUUCGGUCUACCAAAGCAUAAGCAUCUACUCUAACCAAUCACAAUCAGCCUGUCACAAAGAGUAGCCUAUCAAAAGCCUGCUGUCACAAAGGGAGGCAAAUAAAAAGCUAAUCAAAUGUUGGACUAGCACCUCCCUUCCUUUCAUGUUGCCUUGUGGCCU